ACACUCGAUUGCUCCCCACCCAGCACGGAAGUGUCUGAACCGAACUACGCCCCCAUCGACUCAGAAGAAAGAAAAGCUGCCUGCCGUCAGAAGCCCCGACAAAACAAAAACAAGACAGUGCAGGUAGGUGGUGAGUCGCAUCUUGAGGCGUAUGGAUGCGUUGCCGCCCACACACCUCCACGCACACAUGGCAUGCAGGUCCACAGAAUAGAACCCCCCUGUCCCUGUCUGUUUCCGCAUCUGUCUGUCUGUCUGUCUGUCGUCGUUCCCCCCGAGAAGUCUCUUGCUUACUCGGUCCCCACUGUAUGUGUGUGUAUGCACCGGAUGCCGACGACGUCCGUCCCCUGCCCGAGCGGGGGGAGUGAAAAAAUACAGCAAAUAGAAAGUGGGGAGGGGGUGUAAGCAGCAUUCAGUCAGUCUGUCUGUCUGUCUGUCUUGGCCUUUAUCCCUCGCCCUCUUGGGUCUUCCCUAUGAACGUAUGAAUGUAUGCAAACCCGUCGCCUUCCCAUACACACAGGUCAGUCUGUCAGCACAAAUACACAUCGCACGAUAUCCCCUCCCGCUUCACUCACUCACGAGCUGCAGGACUUGUGCUUCAAUCACAAUCACGGAGCCCUCAGUCCCCUGCUCCUCGUCGCAGCUUCUUCCAGCGCUUCGACCUUCUUGAUGAGCUCCUGGAUCACGCUGAGCUGCGUGUAGAGGAGCUGCGUCAUGUCCACAGCCGGCCGCUCAUCCGGCUCGCCCUCGCUCUCUGCCUCCCCUGAAGCGACCUCGAUGGAGCUGACCAUGUUGGGUGCCACCUGCCCGUUCGCACACACACACAGACACACACAGACAUAUGUCGCGCGCACAUAAGCUCCAUCGACAUGUGCUGAACGACACACACAUCCGUCGAAGCACCUGCUUCACAUCCGCGGCCGACAGACCCAAGACCCGCCCGGCGCUCUUGAUCUCCAGCCUCUUGAUCAACUCAAUGGCUGCCGACCGCUGGCCGGCGUCCUGCGCUGACAUGUCCGCAGAUUCGCUCGUCUCGAUGUGGUACGUCCCCGCGACCAUGGAUCUGCUGUGAGUGGUAUCGCCGCAAGUGCACCUUUUUUCCGCAAAAACAUGACCAGCGUACAGGCCAUUUUCUACGAGACAAUUGUCAGCCGCCAUCAGGUCAUCUGCACACAUCACACAACAUUCAGUGGACAGACGCAGACAGCAACAGACGACGGCAACGCCCGCCGCGCAGCAUGGCUAUUGAUGAUAGGAUCAGGGCCCACUCACUCACCCCUGGCACAGAUGUCGCCGCUUUUGAUCGAAUGCCCCGAAUGGCAAUAUUCGCCGAUGGAAUCGGCCUUCAAGGACUGUAAGUAAGGCCAAGGAAACAAACGCACUGCCGCUGAAUGAGCGAGAACAGCACAGCGAUCUCACCUGGAUGGACCCCUCGACUUGGAGGUCUUUGUCAAUAAUUUGAGCUGGAGCUGAGUGAACGCCCGAGAAGGUGAUAGCAAGGACGGCGACGAACACUCCCAAAGAAAGCGUCAUGGUGGAGUGGAAGGCGACGGCGACAAGAAAGCUGUUGGCGCAGCGAGUGAGAAUGGGGGGCAAGUGGAGGGGAGGGGAGGAUGGAGGGGGAGGAUGGACGGAUGGAUCUGUGGUUGGAUCUGGGCGGCUCCGCCGCUGAAGCCUUUUAGCG